CAGCCACCGAGCUCAUGGCAUACAAAAACUCGCUCUUUUCGCUCUCCAACCCAUCACGUUUUUGUCCUCAACUUCGAUUUGACUUCUUUUGCUUGCCGCAUCUACUAUUACCCCACAUUCAUUCAUAAUGCGUUCCUUCUCAACUCUCGCUCUCCUACUCCCAACCGUGCUCGCAGCACCUCUUAAAUCCACCACCCACCACCAACAUUCAUCCUCCUGUAUCAUCGCAGGCGUCGCUUAUCCAGACCCUCAUCACACCCUCGUCCUCCUUGGCAGACGAGAACUUCACCCUCCCACUGGACUCUCCGAGCGCGCUUUCACCGACUUCCUACUCUUCUGCCACGAGUCCGGCGGUCGUUCAUCCUCUAGCUCCCACGUCGCUCGUCAGCAAGGCAGCUACUUGUCCAACGCUCUCGAGGAUCCGGCAGGGAGUGAUAGCAUGCUUGGCACGACCACUCCAGGAGGUGCUCCUCAGCCUCCGGCGUCCGGUGAUCAGCGAGAUCAGAGUGCUAGUUCUUCCGCUGCUAGUAGUCCUUCGACGACUCCUGCAACUACCGCAUCACCUGGGAGCGAUAGCAUGCUUGAUACGACCACUCCAGGAGACGCUCCUCAGCCUCCAGCGUCUGGUGAUCAGCGAGAUCAGAGUGCUAGUUCUUCCACUGCUAGUAGUAGUCCUUCGACGACUUCUGCGACUACCACCUCACCUACCCCAUCUCCUUCAGAGACACCCGGGCCUGGAAGUGCAACUGGGCCCACGUCGACUGGUACUUCCGCCGGCAACGAAACUCCCGAAACUCUAGCCAACCCUGUGGGAAGCCCUCCCUCUGGAGAUACAGCUGCGAUCAUCCCCGCGGAUAACGACCCGUCCCACGACCCGAACUUAUCCGAGACACCACUGGCGCAGUCUGACUCGUCUGCGUUUGAUACACCCUUCACUACGACACCCGAAGGUGUAACCGCCGGCUUCUACAGCUCUUUCGUGGACAGCAACGUAUCCGACAGCUUUGGUGACAUAUCUGGCAGCAGUAUUAGCGACGUGUCCAACAGCCUUGACGAUGCAUCGAACGAUGAUGAAGGAAAACCUGUCACUAUGGGUGCUCAAAGCGGUGUCUAGGCGAGGAUGAGACUUGUGAUAGUCAUGUACGACCGAUUCUCUUAUUGAUAGUUAUGAAAAUCAACGCGGUUCAAAUUGGUACUA